UCGCCCCGCCUCGGCUCACUUCAAAAGUUUAUUCGGGCCAGGACGCGGGGCCUAGCGAGCCAUGGCUGUCUGCGUCGGGAUGCUGCGCCUCGGGAGGCUGUGCGCCGGGAGCCCGGGGGUGCUGGGGGCCCGGGCCGUCCUCUCCCGUGGUUGGCAGGAAGCGAGGUGGCAGGGCGUCCGUCCCCUCAGUUCUGUAGAGGCGGAUCACACCGCCCCCCUGCCCAUUGGAGGCUGCAGCUACAUCCAGGGCGGUUCCAGAUUGCAUCUUAUCAAUGAGACCGUAGGGCGGUGCCUGGAUGCCACAGCACAGAAGUUCCCGGACCGAGAGGCCUUGGUCGUCCUCCAUGACAACGUCCGGAUGACCUUUGCCCAGCUCAAGGAGGAGGUGGACAAAGCUGCUUCUGGGCUCCUGAAUAUCGGCCUCUGCAAGGGUGACCGGCUGGGCAUGUGGGGACCCAACUCCUACGCAUGGGUGCUCAUGCAGCUGGCUUCUGCCCAGGCGGGCAUCAUUCUGGUGUCUGUGAACCCAGCCUACCAGUCUACGGAGCUGGAGUAUGCCCUCAAGAAGGUGGGCUGCAAAGCCCUUGUGUUUCCCAAGCAAUUCAAGACCCAGCAAUACUACGAUAUCCUGAAGCAGAUCUGUCCAGAGUUGGAGAAGGCCGAGCCAGGGGCCUUGAAGAGUCAGAGGCUUCCAGAUCUAACCACAGUCAUCUCGGUGGAUGCCUCUCUGCCAGGGACCCUGCUCCUGGAUGAGGUGGUGGCAGCUGGCAGCACAGAGCAGCAUCUGGCCCAGCUCCGGCACUCCCAGCAGUUCCUGUCCUGCCAUGACCCCAUCAAUAUCCAGUUCACCUCGGGGACGACAGGCAGACCCAAGGGUGCCACCCUCUCCCACUACAACAUUGUCAACAAUGCCAACAUGAUAGGGGCACGCCUCAGACUGCAGCUGAAGGUGCCGAAGAAGUUGCGGAUGGUCCUGCCCACCCCCCUGUACCACUGCCUGGGUUCUGUGGGGGGCACAAUGGUGAGCGUGAUAUAUGGUGUCACCCUCAUCCUGCCCUCUCCAGGCUUUGAUGGCAAGAAGGCGCUGGAGGCAAUCAGCAGAGAGAGAAGCUCCUUCCUGUAUGGCACUCCCACAAUGUUCGUGGACAUUCUGAACCAGCCAGACUUCUCCAGUUACGACAUCUCGACCAUGUGUGGAGGUGUGAUCGCUGGGUCCCCUGCACCCCCAGAGCUGAUCCGAGCUAUCAUCAACAAGCUGAACAUGAAGGAGCUGGUGGUGGCUUAUGGAACCACAGAGAACAGUCCCGUGACCUUCAUGAACUUCGCUGAGGACACUGUGGAGCAGAAGGCAGAAAGUGUGGGCAGAGUUAUGCCUCACACAGAGGCCCAGAUCGUGAGCACAGAGACGGGGACACUGACAAAACUGAACACACCCGGAGAGCUAUGGAUCCGAGGGUACUGCGUCAUGCUGGGCUACUGGGGUGAUCCCCAGAAGACUGAGGAAGCAGUCGGACAGGACAAGUGGUAUCGGACAGGAGACAUCGCCACGAUGAACGAGCAGGGCUUCUGCAAGAUCGUGGGCCGCUCCAAGGAUAUGAUCAUCCGGGGCGGUGAGAACAUCUACCCUGCGGAGCUCGAGGAUUUCUUUCACACACAUCCGCAGGUGCAGGAAGUACAGGUGGUGGGAGUGAAGGACAAGCGGUUGGGAGAAGAAAUCUGUGCCUGCAUUCGGCUGAAGAAGGGGGAGAAGACCACGCCGGAAGAGAUCAGGGCUUUCUGCAAGGGGAAGAUUGCCCACUUCAAGAUUCCCCGCUACAUCGUGUUUGUCACAGAGUACCCCCUCACCGUCUCAGGAAAGAUCCAGAAAUUCAAACUUCGAGAGCAGAUGGAACAACAUCUAAACCUGUGAACCUCCCAGGCCCUCCCUGCUCUUCCCCCACAUUCCCCUUGUCCGUCCUUGUGAUUUGGCAUAAAGAGCUUCUGUUUUCUUUG